UAUAUCAAUGUUUAAAUCAUAUCUCUGUAUUUUGAACUUUAGUUUAACUAAAAAAUGAAAGUAUUUUAUGUGGUUUAGUUAUGUUUGAUUUUAGUUACAUAAUAAGAAUUAUUUUUAGUAAUAAUGAGAGUGUGCGUAAUAUGUAAAACUCGUUACCAACAGGAAAGUGGGAUAGCAUUCCACAAACUCAAGGGCCAUAGCCAAGUGUCGAAAGGUCGCCUGAUGAUGACAUUGUGUUUACAAGACACUAAAAUGGGUUUCUGGACUGCUCUGGCUGUUAACAUUGUCGGCGCGGCAGUGAUUUAUGGAACUGCUGGUUUAGCAGUUCCAUUGAUAGCACCAUUGCUGGGUUUCAGCAGCAGUGGCAUUGUGGCUGAAAGUGCUGCCGCUGCCGCCCAGUCAUACUACGGGAACCUUGCUCCGGGAGUAUUAUUUCCCAAAUGACAUCGAUUUCUAUGGUAGCUCUAUAAGUAGUUAACUUUCAAACAUUGUCUUUUUCUUCUUUUUUCUCUGUAUGUGCACGUACCAUAAACCAUGAAAUAUUUUGAUUUUAAUGUUUAAUAAUAAUGGAUU